AUGCCUUUCUUCAGCGAGACAAAUUUCUGGACCUCCGUGGAUACUGUUUACCAGGCUGGAGGUCGCUUUGCCAAGCCUAGUGACCAUUGGUUUCUUCGUUUGGUGCUAGCAAUAGCUUCUGCAUCUGUAUCUCACCAAAGCGGGGAUAGUAGCCAUCAGAGAGCUUUAUCUUUGAUUUCGGGAGCUUUGCCGUUUGCCGAGGAUGUUCUCCGCCCUGGAUCUAUAGUGGGCAUUCAGGCCAUCCUACUGCUUGCCCAGUAUUCCCUCUUUGACCCUAAACAUUUUCGUGUGUGGUACCUCGUAGGAAUGGCCGCCAGGGCUUUGGUGGAUUUAGGCCUACACCAGGAUCCCCCUUCGGAGGUUCAGUCGGCCGAUGAACAGUUGGAUAUGCGCCGGCGUGUGUUCCACUGCGUGUACUGCAUGGACAGAUGGCUUGUCCUUGGAGUCGGCGUGGGUACUGUGCUCAAGAGCUCGGGAUUGGUUCGAUAA